AUGACGACGGUGGUUUCCUUGCUGAUAUCACGGUCCUCAGCCUUUGCCUUGUCCAAGAUGGGCGUGAGAGCCGCAAAUGGAGCCUUGGCUGUGGCUUCCUCGGACUGGACUGUGCGAAUGUCAUCCUCUGCUCCACAAGGGGGAAAUUCUGUUUUGGAUCCGCUGAUUGUCUGUGGACCAAGUGGCGUUGGGAAAGGCACUAUUAUCGAGAGAUUCAUGUCUCGCAACAAUCAGCAGUUUGGAUUCACUACCAGCCACACCACCAGGAAUCCACGAGAGGGAGAAAUUGACACGGUUCAUUACAAUUUUGUCAGUCAUCAAGAAAUGGAAACACUCAUUGAUAUGGGUAAAUUCCUCGAACAUGCUCAAGUACACGGCAACUAUUAUGGGACAUCAUGGGAUUCGAUUUUGAAGCUUCAAAAGGAAGGCUUGCGGUGUCUCUUGGAUAUUGACGUACAGGGUGUCAAGAGAAUCAGAUCACUCGAGUUUGCACAAAAAGAACUAGCGUCGGCAACACCAACAACCAUCCAGUUUCAACCCAAAUAUGUAUUCGUUGCACCCCCAUCCAUGGAGCUGUUGGAACAACGCUUAAUUGCACGGGGAACGGAAGACGAAGAGAGUCUCAAACGAAGAACCAAGAACGCCAAAGAAGAGUUGGAAUAUGGUAUGCAAGAGGGAAACUUUGAUUACGUCUUGGUCAAUGAUGAUUUAGACAAGGCUUGUGAACAAUUUGAAGCCAUCGUCAAAGAGUUGUAUGGCGACGAUGAAUCAAUGAUGCAACAAUUUUUGUAA